GAAUAUUUCACUUCAAUUAUUAAAAGAAAAAUAAAAAUAUUUUUCUUCCAAGUUAGAGAUCUUGAAUGAUAACCAAACCAAAACUGCCACACCAAAUCUCAAGGGGGAAAAGCCCAUCAAUUUCAUUAACUUUCAACCACCAUUUCUGUGAGAUCAGUGCAUGUUACUGCGUGUAUGUGAAUUCUUAUUCGAUCUUUAAACUCAGAAGAAUAAAGAUGUCUGAUUACUCUGAUCCUAUAAUGGGUGAUGAAAUUGGAACUGGCUCUGAAUAUCCUUCAAUGGAAAAGGUUCAUGAAUCCGGGGUCAAUAAUGGCCAUGGCCAUGACUAUUCUUCUUCCUCUUCCGACGAACACGCACAUCGACAGAUGUUUCAUCUCUUCGGCCGCCAAAAACCAAUUCAUAAGGCUUUCGGUGGUGGCAAACCUGCUGAUAUUGUACUUUGGAGGAACAGGCAGAUGUCUGGAGGUUUGCUUGCUGGUGCAACCGUGAUAUGGCUUCUGUUUGAAUGGAUAGGCUAUCAUUUGAUAACUUUUCUUUGUCACUCUCUUAUUCUGUGUUUGGCCACUCUCUUCUUAUAUUCCAACUUGUCCUACUCUGUUAACCGGUCGGCUUUGAACUUUCCCCAGAUUGUACUACCAGAGGAUUUGUGCAUGAGCAUUGCUCUCUUAUUGAGGGAUAGAUGUAAUCAGGCAUUUGGUCUCUUUCGCCAAGUAGCUUCAGGAAAUGAUUUGAAGAAAUUUCUUUCUGCAAUUUUGGGCUUGUGGGUUGUGUCUAUAGUCGGCAGCUGGUUCGACUUCUUGACCCUUGUGUACAUCAUAUUUUUGAUGCUCUUGACAAUGCCAUUGUUGUAUGAAAAGCACGAAGGUCGAGUAGAUUCUUAUGCUCAGAAGGCAACAAUCAAACUCAAGAGACAAUACAGCAAAUUGGAUGAAAAGGUCCUCCAGAAAUUACCCAAAGUUCCUUUCAUCCCAGACAAUAAGCAGCACUGAUAAUGAUCCAAAAGCUAUGCUCAAGGAUUAUCGGCUUUACUUUCUGAUGCUAGAAACUCUACCAGUAUUUUUCUACCCUAGGUGAUGUGCAUUUUUAUGUUUCAAUACAUAUGCAACGACCAAUUAUCUGCUAUUUUUCAUUCCCUCACUCAAGGUUAUGACUUGGUUUUCCUUUUGGUUUAUUUCUCGAGUUUACUUUUUUCAAGCUUCAAUGUGAUU